AUGAAUCGAAAUUUUUUCAAUUACUUUCGAUUUAAAAAAGCAGAUACUCGUUGGAGGAAAAGUAUCUGCCCAGAAGAAAAACUAGCGAUAUUUUUAAGUUCUUUCCUUUGGACUGUCAUUGUCAAGUUGUGUCAUUGUAGUCACACUGUCUCUUCGUUUGUAGGUUCAUUCGAUGUCGUGGUGUCAUCUUCGGUGUGUUCUUCAGGUUGUUUAGCAGAUACGCUUUCGUGCGUUUCACCAGCAGCACACUACUUUUUUCAAAAACAGCAUCUGAUUUAUGGUAGUUGUAGGGCAUCGUGUUUGAGACAGCCGAACCAGACGUCUGUGCAAUUCUUUUUAAUCUUUUAGUAUGCAGCAUCCGGGUGCUCAUUUAAGAUCUUCAUUACACUAUCGCGUUGGUGUAUCGACUGUUAGCAACAUUAUUAAAGAAGUUUCAAGAUGCAUAUGGAACAAUUUAAGUGAAAAAUUUAUGCGACUUCCUACAUCAGUCGACGAAUGGGAACAGAUAGGCAAGUGGAUUUAACAAAAAAGCUAAUUUUUCCCCAAUGUCUCGGAGCUGUCGACGGAAAACAUAUCCGACUUAACAAACCACCAAAUAGCGGUUCACUGUAUAUCAAUUACAAAGGAUUUUUUUCCAUCAUAUUAUUAGCUAUCGUAGACUCCGACUAUCGCUUUGUAUAUGUCAUUGUCGGAUCUUAUGGAAAGAAUGCGAUUCAUCAGUAUUCAAGGAGACAACAUUUUGGAAAAUGAUGCUUAGAUGGCAGUCUUCAAAUACCUGCACAAUGCCCAUUAACAGGAGACUCAGAAACGAGAGCGCCUUAUGUGGUCAUUGAAGACAAAGGUUUCGAUUACACAAAAAAUUUACUAAGCGAAUAUUCACUAUCGUUUGACUAAGCUAGGAGAUACUUUGAAUUUGUAUUCGUAUCUUAGCUAAUAAGUGGAGAAUAUCCAUCGGCCUCUAGACAUCGAUAAAACAUAGCGUAUGGACUGUUAGGCAUGUACUAUUACACUACACACAACUUUAUAAGGGACAAAGAGGGUUCAAAACAAUGAUAAUAACGUAUCUCAAGAUUUAGUUACGGAGACCUAACCCCAUGAAGUAAGUACAACGAGGUGGUAGAUACUGCCAAUUUAGUUCGAACGCGAAUUCGUGAACUAUUUCAUGUCCGAAGCUGGAUCAGUUCCAUGGCAGGAUGAAGCUAUUUAGAAUGUAAUUGAAUAAUAAAACAGACACUUACCGAA